AUGGACACUCCUUACUUGCACCAAUGGCUGACUGACACCUCGACCGACAUAAUUGCUCUUGGUCAUUUCCACUAUGAAGGAAGCGUCGUUGACACGUCAGAGCCGUGGCGGGAGAUCUUUGAGAGUUUGAUCAGCCACGAAGCUCCCGACUCCCUUGUCGUGAUAUCACCAAAUGUCGAACAUCGUCGUGAUACCAUAGACAGAGGUUUCGAAAAGUCUGGCCAAAGCGUCACCAGUUUUAGAAUGUUCAGCUACGCAGCCUGGACUGAUUAUGUCAUUCAACGCUGGUCAGCUACUACUGGCCCAACAUUGAAGGGCUACUCGAUGGUGAUUAUCGAUUUGGAUCCUUCAAUGACGAUAGAAUGCGCCAUGGCAUUGUUGGUCACUACGCAUUUUGUCAUGGACACGGCGGAAGACAGCAUGACGAGACUGUUCACAGUUUCAUGCACCGACGUGGACCACGCUUUCGAGAGGCUGGCCGACCAUUUGGAGUUGACACAACCGAUGUCCUUUCAUAUCGAGGACACCUCAGAUACAAAGUCUGAAGAUGAACAAACCAUAUACUGCAAAUCUUUAUCUGAACUCUCCGAGCGAUUCAGUGAGCGGAUUGAAGGUUGCGAGGGAAAUCACAUUGUCCUUGUCUACAAUUCAGAGGCCGCGGCAUAUGCUUUGCUUGAUGAGUCUUGGAAGUCUAUCGCAUACGAAAGGCUAAUUCUCGUCAGGAAUGCCGAACGGGAUGUGUUUCGUGGAGACGAGGAACGUAUUCUUGUAUCUCUCCUUGAUGGAUCUCGUCCUCGAUUGCCGCUUUCUGGGUACAGGCACAUUCACAUGGUGGUUCAGCCGAUGGUUCAGAGAACGAGCUUCGACCUAUCUGUUGGUCAAACGACGAGGUUCUGUCAGCUACUCUCCGUCGAAGAACGAAUUGAGCUCAGAUCCGUUUUCCGUCGACUCGAGGAUCGCCCCUUGUCUGCGACCCUUUACGUGAUAGGAGAAGAAGAGAAGGAAGACGAAUGGUGGGAGACAGGGCCCGUGAUCCGGCGCAAGGAUGUUUGGAAUCGCAACCUGGGAGCGUUCAUGACCCUCGUCGCAUCGCUGGAGGGUAGGGUUGAUACUGCCGCCGCCGCCGAGUGCUUUGUUCCCGAGGGAUGGAUGGGGAUAUAUGUCACAAUGGAAUAUCGCUUGAAAGCUCACGGUAUCCUCAAAUGGAACACGGAUGAGCGAUUGAUUUUGGGUCUGGAGGUUCGCGAGCUCGCAGUCUUUCGCGCAGUCCUUCCGUUUGUUGGGUACGACUACCGACUGGCGUACUUUAUUGCACAAGGAUCCCAGACCGGCAGUGACGCUCUUCUUGAGACCAAGAUUCAGCUGGCUGCUGUGGUCAACAGCGGAGGUGUCGCCAUGUUCGACUUUCAUGUGGUUCUGCCAGACUCUAUCGACACUAUGCAGGAUCUCAUCGACGCCUGCAUUGGAUACAGUAAGCCACUCUCCAACCAGGGAAGCAUAUGGCUUGCGCUUGGUCUCUGGAAGCGUCUUGCCGAUCAUACCGACAACUUCGAAAAUGCUGCACCUGACGGACGUAUCCAGUUCCCGGGCAAGCUUUCCCUGACAGCGGACAGGUUGGGAUGCAUCAAGGCUCAAAAUUCCUUGUUUCAGAUGUCAUCUGCUCUGAAAGAAUGCGGCAUCCAUACCACACAAAAGCAGGGUGGCGACGAAGCCAUGCUCUCGGAGAGUGAUUGUCACGACAUCCAGUCUCAUCUGUUCAGGGCAUAUCUUUCCCAGUUGGCUUCGUGCUGUAGAGACAUAUCCAGUGGUGGCUCUAUUGACUUUCUAGACAUCUCAUCCAAGCGAAAGGUCCUCGGGCUUACAGAUUUGGGAGAUGAUAUGAUUGAUCUUGGCAAUAUCCCGAACGAUGCGCCGGCUUUUGGAGUAUACCAUGGUCUCCGUCGAUACAAUAACGGGGGCCUCGAAUUCCAAGAUUUCACGUUUAUCCCCUCAAGACUCGUGAACGAUUGGGUGUGGGAAUUUCGGGAUAGAGUGGGAGACCCAACGUACGGGAUUGAGAACAUGCUCAGAGUUGAGUGUGGCCUGAGGCGCAACUACGACGGGCUUAGGGAUGAGGUAUGGAAUCCAAAGGAUCAGUAG